AUGACGGUCAAAGAAAGCAACCCAGAGGUAACGGUCGGCGUCCUUGCCCUCCAAGGCGCUUUCAGCGAACACCUCCAACUCCUCCGCGCGGCGUCCUCGAAUAUCCCCUCGUCACCAACCUUUCACUUCAUCGAAGUCCGCACACCAGCCCAACUCGCACAAUGCGAUGGCCUUAUCAUUCCUGGCGGCGAAAGCACAACAAUGUCCCUGGUAGCCGCACGUAGCGCCCUCCUCGAGCCCCUCCGCGACUUUGUCAAAGUGCAGCGCAAACCGACGUGGGGCACAUGCGCCGGCCUCAUAUUACUAGCCGAGAGCGCAAACAGAACAAAGAAAGGAGGCCAGGAUUUGAUUGGUGGUCUGGAUGUCAGAGUGAAUAGGAAUCAUUUCGGGCGACAACAAGAGAGUUUCCAGGCAAACCUCGAAUUGCCUUUCUUAGAGUCGACUAGCGAAACGAGCAAGACCGACCCGUACCGAUGCGUCUUUAUUCGCGCGCCAGUUGUAGAGAAGGUGCUACCCAGUAACAAGACGGUGGGCAUACAAGAAGGGGAAAGCGAGAGGGACGAUACGAUUGUUGCGCCGAGCAAGACACCGGUAGAUGACUUGGCGAGGAAGGAGUUGGAUCGCGAGGUUGAAGUCAUGGCUACGCUAUCGACGAAUGCGAAACCUUUACAAGAGAACCAGGAACACGAUCAUCCAGGUGCGGAGGACAUAAUAGCGGUACGACAGGGCAAUGUGUUUGGAUGUAGUUUUCAUCCCGAGUUGACGGAUGACGCACGAAUACAUGUGUGGUGGCUGGGAGAGGUGCUGAAGGCAGUGGAGAGGCGACAGCAGUUUGAACUUGUGGACCGGACUAGAUGA